CAAAAUUGAUGCUUCAAAUUUUCUGUGGGUUUUGCCGCCACUGCGUUCUCUGAGUCGCAGUCUGUUUGGUAGAGACAACUGUAAACAGCCAUAUGUCGAGAAGGCAAUAUUAUCAAGAAUUCUUUCCAGUGGACCUGAUAGUUCGAUGGCUUUCGUAUAGCUUUCAACGCAACAAACAACUUUUCGAGAGACGUGAAUUAUCUUUUACUUUAGAUAACGAAAUAUAUGUUCGAUAUCAAAGUUUUGAAAGUGCUGAAGAUCUAAGAAAAGUUCUUGUCCAGAAGCUUCCUGUGAAAAUUGAUAUAGGAGCAGUUUACAACUAUCCACCUUGCAAUCAAUCACUCGUGACCUUAUUUGCACCUCUAGAGCGAGAACUAAUAUUCGAUAUUGACCUUACAGAUUAUGAGGACGUAGCUAUUAUGAAGUCUGAGGAUGAAGUCGAUUUAUGUGAUAAUAACUGGUAUCUUAUAGCAGCCGCUGUCGAGCUUUUAGAUAAGGCGUUAAGAGACGACUUUGGAUUUCAGCAUAUCCUUUGGGUAUACAGUGGCAGACGCGGUGUGCAUGGAUGGAUCUGCGAUGAACGAGCAAGGAAAUUAUCAGACGAGUGUAGAGACUCCAUUCUUGAAUAUUUGACUGUGCGACUUCCAUCCGCUUUGAGAGAAAUCUCUGUCAAAAGAGAAAAGUCCAAUGUUUCGGUUUGUUCGGACGAUUCUCUCAGGCAAUGGAAUACUCUUAGUGAUCCUUUUCUAAAACGAAGUUUCGACUAUUUAUAUCCUCUGUUCUUAAAAUACGUUGUACAAAGUCCUCAGUUCUUUUCCGAUGAAAAUCAUUUUAAAAAAUACCUAUCUCUCAUUCCAUCACAUUAUGCUCUACAAAUUGAGCGGUUGAUUGAAUCAAAUACUGUUGGAAUGGACCUUUGGGAGAGAGUAGAAGAGAUGCUUAAGGAACCAAAAAAAUCUUGCUUCUAUGGUUUGGUUGUUUGCUUGGUUUUUCAUUACUUGUAUCCUCGUUUGGAUGCCAACGUUUCACGUCAUAUGAAUCAUUUAUUGAAGUCUCCAUUCUGUUUGCAUCCAAAGACUCAACGUGUAUGUGUUCCUUUUUCAGCAAAUGAAGUCUGGACUUUUCAACCCUCUCGAGAUGCACCUCAAAUAUCUGACGAAAAUCUUGGACUUGACAGUAACGACAAGUUUGUUCUUGCGAAGCAAAGAAUGAAAAAUUUUAUCGAAGACUUUGAAAGAAUUCAAAAACUAGAAAAUAUCAAUGCGAACGAGCAGAAGUUGUUUCAACGACAUGACUUUAUAUAACAGCUACAAUAAAAUACUUUCUCAUUCA